ACGGGACGCUGCAUGACCUGGAGGUUUGUCGUCUGGCAGCGAGGACGCGCGUCUCUCCGUGCCCAUGUCUGAAAACCCACACAGACACUCGCAUUGCAAAAGGAAAGGAAAGGCUACCGCACCAGAUUACGUCGGCUAAGGAAGACCAGGUAAGAUCCUUCCUCAGUCUGUCAACGCAUUUUUGAAGGACGCAUUCACGAACCGUCGGAUGACGAGACCUCCUCUCGAGCUUGUGGUACGUCUUUAUCCGCGGCAGCAAGAUGGAGUGUGAGUGGAAACCAGACGAGCAAGGACUUCAACAGAUAUUACAGCUGCUGAAAGAGUCUCAGUCGCCGGACACGUCCACGCAGAGGUCUGUCCAGCAAAGACUUGAACAGCUGAACCAGUAUCCAGACUUUAACAACUAUUUGAUAUUUGUCUUGACAAAAUUAAAAUCAGAAGAUGAACCAACUCGUUCACUGAGUGGACUGAUACUGAAGAACAAUGUGAAAGCUCACUAUCAGAACUUCCCAAAUGGCGUGUCUGAUUUCAUCAAGAGUGAGUGCCUCCAAAACAUCGGAGACGCUUCUCCCCUCAUUCGGGCCACUGUGGGGAUCCUUAUCACCACAAUCGCUUCCAAGGGAGAGCUGCAAAACUGGCCUGAGCUCCUGCCUAACCUCUGCCUGCUGCUGGAUUCUGAGGACUACAACACAUGUGAGGGAGCAUUUGGAGCCCUGCAGAAGAUCUGUGAGGACUCUGCAGAGAUCCUGGACAGCGACAUGCUGGACCGUCCACUCAACAUCAUGAUCCCCAAAUUUCUGCAGUUUUUUAAGCACAGCAGUCCUAAAAUUAGGUCUCAUGCCAUCGCCUGCGUCAAUCAGUUCAUCAUCAACAGGACUCAGGCUCUUAUGCUUCACAUCGACCCUUUCAUUGAGAACCUAUUUGCACUGGCAACAGACGAAGAGCCAGAAGUGAGGAAGAACGUUUGCAGAGCUCUCGUCAUGCUGCUGGAGGUUCGCCUGGAUCGUCUCCUGCCGCACAUGCACAACAUCAUAGAGUACAUGCUUCAGAGGACUCAGGAUCACGAUGAGAACGUUGCCUUGGAGGCAUGCGAGUUCUGGCUUACGCUGGCGGAGCAGCCAGUGUGUAAGGAACUGCUGAGUGGUCACCUCGCCCAGCUCAUUCCGGUACUCGUCAACGGGAUGAAGUACUCUGAAAUUGACAUUAUCCUGCUCAAGGGGGACAUUGAGGAGGAUGAGGCCAUUCCAGAUAAUGAGCAAGACAUCCGACCACGCUUUCACCGCUCUCGCACAGUUGCCCAGCAACAUGAGGGUGAAGGGAUUGAGGAAGAGGAAGAUGAGGAUGAUGAACUGGAUGAUGAUGAUACUAUUUCUGACUGGAAUCUGCGCAAGUGUUCUGCUGCAGCACUAGAUGUGUUGGCCAACGUGUUCACAGAUGAUCUCUUACUGCACAUUCUGCCUUUGCUCAAAGAGCUGCUUUUCCAUCCAGAGUGGGUAGUCAAAGAAUCUGGAAUAUUAGUGCUGGGAGCUAUAGCUGAAGGCUGUAUGCAAGGCAUGAUCCCAUAUCUCCCUGAGCUCAUCCCACAUCUCAUCCAGUGUUUGUCUGACAAAAAGGCGCUGGUGAGAUCCAUCACCUGCUGGACGCUGAGCCGCUAUGCGCACUGGGCCGUCACCCAGCCUCCAGAUAUUUACCUGAAACCUUUAAUGACGGAGCUGCUCAAACGUAUUCUGGAUAGUAACAAGCGUGUGCAGGAGGCUGCAUGCAGUGCCUUUGCCACUUUGGAGGAGGAGGCUUGCACAGAGCUGGUGCCCUACCUGGCGUUCAUCCUAGACACACUGGUUUUUGCUUUCAGCAAGUAUCAACACAAAAAUCUCCUCAUCCUCUAUGAUGCAAUAGGAACCCUUGCAGAUUCGGUUGGCCACCAUCUCAAUCAACCGGAGUACAUCCAGAUGUUGAUGCCACCAUUGAUCCAGAAGUGGAACCAACUAAAAGAUGAAGAUAAAGAUCUCUUCCCCUUAUUAGAGUGUCUGUCGUCUGUAGCCACAGCCCUGCAGAGUGGCUUCCUGCCCUACUGUGAGCCCGUGUACCAACGCUGUGUCAACCUGGUCCAGAAGACUCUCGCUCAGGCCAUGCUUCACCAGUCACAGCCAGACCAGUACGAAGCCCCUGACAAAGACUUCAUGAUCGUGGCUUUGGAUCUUCUCAGUGGACUGGCUGAAGGAUUGGGAGGCACGAUUGAGCAGCUGGUUGCCCGUAGCAACAUCCUGACUCUCAUGUACCAGUGCAUGCAGGACAAAAUGCCAGAAGUGUGUCAGAGCUCUUUUGCUCUUCUCGGGGAUUUGACCAAGGCUUGUUUCCAACAUGUCAAACCAUGCAUUGCUGAUUUUAUGCCCAUACUGGGUACUAAUUUAAACCCAGAGUUGAUAUCAGUGUGCAACAAUGCAACUUGGGCAAUUGGAGAGAUAUCUAUACAAAUGGGGCCUGAAAUGCAGCCAUACGUUGCCAUGGUACUGCACCAGCUGGUGGAGAUCAUUAACAGGCCCAACACUCCAAAGACUCUCCUGGAAAACACAGCAAUAACAAUUGGUCGUCUUGGUUACGUUUGUCCUCAAGAGGUGGCACCCAUGCUACAGCAGUUUAUAAGACCCUGGUGCACCUCCCUGCGAAAUAUAAGAGACAAUGAGGAGAAGGACUCUGCAUUCAGAGGAAUUUGCACCAUGAUCAGUGUAAAUCCAGGAGGCGUAGUGCAGGAUUUUAUAUUCUUCUGUGAUGCAGUGGCCUCCUGGGUAGAUCCAAACGAUGAGCUCAGAGACAUGUUCUACAAGAUCCUUCAUGGGUUUAAGAACCAGGUGGGAGAAGAGAACUGGAGGCGCUUCUCAGAUCAGUUCCCAAUGCCACUGAAGGAGCGGCUGGCAACCUUUUAUGGGGUGUAACUGUUUCGCUGGGGUCAUUCACUACGGGAGACGAUAUAGGGAACCAUCCCAGGGAACACGUUACCCUUUACCGGGGGGAAGGGUCUGCCUGUCGAGGGAAGGGGGUUUAGACCCCUCUCCUACUCGGUGGACGGGGUGGGAGGGAAGUGAUGGCAUCUGCAGUUCUCAGUGCCCUCAUACACAAAACUUAAGGGGAAAGAGACUGUCAGAGCAUCCUUAUCAUGGGAGGAACAUUCAUGUAAUCACAUCACAAAUAACGGAAAUUUGUUUUUUUCCACCCCUCUUACAUUUGUGCUCCCCAGAUAUCUUAAAUUACAGAUUUCUGGAAAGAAAUGUUAGCUACAGUGGAUGAUGCAGACAAUUGUUUUGGGGGACAUACUGUAUAUGCAUUUCCAAGAACACUAGUGGUAAAGUUCUUCUUUUUUAAGACAUACUUUAGCUGAAGAGCAGUAGCUGAUUGGGAGCUCUGGGAAAUAUGUCAUAAAACGCUGCAUAUCACCAAAACAAAUGAUCACUUUGUCAUUGUGAUACCAAAUUACUUGAGCGGCACUAUGCUUCAACAGGACGGAGGCUGUUAAUUAUGUCACCAGAAAGCACAAUUUAAGAACAGCUUUUCUGGGAAUAGGUAGCAUGCUAUUUAUGUGGAAAGCUGUCGAACAUUAGUGAUGUGUGUCGACAGUUGUCAUUGCCAUUUAAAAAAACAAAAUAGAAGAAAGGUUCUUUAAUUGUAAUUGUAAUUUGUAUUAAGUGUUUUUGUUUCCUUUACAAGAGAAUAACAGCAGUCGGCUGUAACGUAGCAUGACGGGGUUUACACACUGAAGUUAAAUCGUGUGUAAAGUCGUACCUUAGGAGUGACCGUCUGUUUGGUUUUGUGGUGUGAAUGUGACACUGACAACAUCAAUGAGCAUAUCAAAGCUUUAGCUGCUUAGUUUUUUUUUUAUUUUUUUUUUGUUUUGUUUUACAUUUUCUGAGCCUCACGAAAGGAAAUAUGAAGGCGAGCAUCCUGUGUGCCGGUUGCUAUAUCAUGGACGUAAAAUGAAACCUGACCUUUGCUGUCAGGACCACACAAACCAUCAAAUCAAUGUUAAAUAUGUUUAUUUCUCAAUGUAUUGAAGUUUUGUUGCUGGUUGUUUGGCUUUCUGUGCUAAAAGCAUGAUUUCUGAAGAUGACUGUGUAAUGUUCUGGGUGCUUGUCGCUGUGGGGUAUUUGGAUGCUUUCAUCUCUUGCAUGUUGGUGGCCCCUCACACCCCAACAUAUAGUGGGAUGGGGACUGAGGGAGGGAGGGAGGGAAGCUUCAAUUCAUAGUUUUAAGAAGUACAUAGUAAAACGUGUGUAUUGCAACACUAGGACUUGUAUAACUUCACAUGAACCUUGCUGGAGUGCUUUCCCUGAACCCCCCCCAUAGCUGGAUGUAAUUUUUAAAUACUGUGAAAUUACAAGAAUGUUUAUGUGUCUGCUUGUCUUAUGUUUUUUUCCAAAAGUGUCAAACUGUUUAAAGUUACAGCCUGAAUGUAUUCCAUGAUGGGUUGGAAAGGUGGUAAUUUAUGUUUGUAUUAUUUUUAAUAUUAUGAUUAAUAUUAUUUUAUGCCCAGCCAGUCAUUUCUUUCCCCUCUGCUGGCCAGAGUAAUAACUGCAGUAUUUUUUUUUUCUUUAAAUGCACCUUACAUGCACCUAAAAAUGUACAUGGAAAGUGCUUGAAUAAAUGACAGCCAAACCUCUCAUACAUGAUUUAUUAAUUAUUGCUGCUAAAACUGUAUUUAACUACUGCAAUAUGCAUCUUGAUGCAUUUGAGUCAUUGGACAGUAGAAGUUGUUCAACGUGUCAUCAAAUGCAUGACUGGUCUCUUCUUUUGGUCAAUUUGCUGGAUUAAAAUACAGGAUGUGAUGCAUCAUGGAAUACAAAGGCAAAUACUUGUAUGUGUACCAACCAUUUUGUGUUUUAAAGUGAUUUUUGUCUAUCACAUUCCAGCUGUUUGGCUUGCAAAAAAAAAAAAGAUAUUGUGUCUUGAUGGGAUGUUUUCAGAGACCUGCUGUGCUCUCAUUGAAAGAUUGCAGGUCAGUGAAAGCCUCAGAUAUUAAUCACCAUUAUUACUGGGCUGUCUGUUUGACUUGACCGCUGCUAUAAAUUAUAGUUGUUUCACCACUUGAAUACGUGUUUUCUAAAUGUUAACCUCAGGUUGUUUCUUUUUUUUUGUUUUGUUCCAGUGUUAUUUGUUUUCACCAUUUCCCCAAUGUGUACGCCUUUAUGCAUUUCCUCAACUUACAAACUAGGGAAAAGCUUGCCCUUCAUGUUAGAAACGGACAGCCGUGGGUGUUUUAAAAUAGAGAUUAUGUGUGCAGUAACCUGGCCAACCGUAACUGUUCAGCUCCCGGUUCUGGUACCCCUCCCAUUCACAGCCAUCUCCACCAGAACAGAACGUACCGAACCAAUUGUAACGGGGUGGGGGCGGGGUUUGUGCAGUGACUCGUACAGGAGUGUCCAAACGGUAACAGCCUAAAUCCAAAAGUUUUUACUAUAAAACCAACACCAGUCGUUCACUGUGACUUUUAGACAUCUUUUGUUGACACUAGUCUGCUUGUUGCGCUGUCCACGCCAUAUUCUUCUGUUCUCUGAUUGGUUGCAUGCCUAUCCAGGGGUGUGCACAGGCAGUUACCUCUGCGUCUGUUGUUACCGCCCCCUGAAAAGGUUGACCUACCAGGUUAAUUCUUUGUUGUUUUUUAAUAAAAAAAAUAUCCCAGAUUUUUCCCAUUUUUCACCCCGUUUUCCUACCCAAGUCAGUCCUGGGCAUUGCUCCAUCUACCAACCCCAGGAGGUCUGAGCUAAAGUCUCCUCCUUACUUGAGGAGUGAGCAGGCCGCUUCUUUUCACCAGACAGGGUGGGGCUUCUCUGGCCGGAGGUAUCACAUUAUUCCAGCCAGAUCCUCCCCGGCUGGCCAGAGGGGGCAUGUAUAGCCCAGGACUGCUGCAUGUUUUUGUGAGGGUAGCUCACUUUAGCUACCCAGGGGAACACGGGGAGAACAUGCAAACUCCACACAGAAAGGCUCUUUUGCCAACCCCACCCAGAGUGUGGGCGCUUAAGUCAUGGGUAAGUAAACACGUUAAUUCUUUGUAUUGAAGAGUAAAAGAACCAGGGCGGUUGGCCAGGCUAGUGUGUAGCACUGUGAACUAAAUUAUCAAUACAGCUGCAAGGCAUCGGUGUGAGAACAAUUCAGAAAUCCCAACUUGCACAUAGUUACCUGCUUUUUGUCAAAGUUGUUACCAGACUGCAGCAUAUACUGUUAUCUGAAAAAAAGCCAUGAAAGCAAAUACUUUUUAUUUUUUUGGUGGAUUUCUUUUUUUUUUGGUGUUUUAUGCUAGAUACACAGUAUUAUCUAUCGAAACAAACCAGAAACACUGAAUUCAAGGCAAAGAAAUAAGUUGGCAAGUUAAUAACAUGACAUUAUAAACCCAAGUUGGACUUUCUAUGAAGCUUUACUGAAAUUUUGUAUUUUAUGAAACACCCACCAAUCGUAAGGAAUGUCUUGUUAAAGAGCUCCUGUAUUCUCUAAUACAAUUUAGCCUUUAAACUUGAUUAGAUUAUCUGCCUUCAUCUUUUUUGCUAAUUAAAGUGAAAACAUCAUUUUGAUAGACUUUUUUUUUAAUAAGCUGCUGAUUUAAAAAAGUUUUAAAAAAAAGUAAUACUUUUGGGGCCACCAAAUAUUUUGGAUCAUGCAAAGACUCUAUAUUGUACUGUAGUAAUUUUGUAAUGUUUGUAAGAUGAUCUAUAGUGAGUGUGGCUGGUAAUCAUUGCUUGAAUCUGUACAUUGUACCAAUAAAUUGUUUACAGUAA